AUGCGACCACCUCGUUCUUCCUCUUGUUCCAAGUGCUCUUCUGCUUCUUCUUCAAGUUAUUCACUCGCUGCAACGAGUUUGAAAAGCAGACUCUUGACGAUAUUCAAGAAAGCUCAGGAGCUUACUACUCUCUGUGAUAUCGAAGCCUGCGUCAUUCAUUAUGGACCUGACGGAGAAAUGAGGACAUGGCCUGAGAACAGAGACAUAGUGAGAUCCCUCGCUCUCCGCUACAUCCAGUUAGACCAAGCCAAGAGACGCAAGAAAAGCGUCAAUCUUUACGAGUUCCUCAACAAGAAUAAGGAUAAGAAGACGAUGCUUAAUAAGUUCAAGAAGAGGAAUGUUGAAGAACUAAAGUAUCCAAUCUCUGAUCACUACUCUCCCGACCAAAUCAACCAACUGAUUCACUCCUUGGAACUAAGUUACUCUACUUUGCAAGAACGGCGUCGUUUCCUUGCGGCAAAAGCAAACUUGGAGGAUCGUCAACAUUCUAUGAACCCUAGCCAGUUCACACCGUUACCACAGGAGCUUUAUGUUAAUGAUAAGAACAACACCUUUCAACAUCUUUGCGUUUCAGAUUACUCGGAGGUACAAGAAUCUGCGUUACGUUAUCAGUUGAUGCCUUAUGGUGGUUAUGAUCAGAACAUGUGUAUGGGUAACAUCAACAACGUUCAACAUCCUUGGGUCUCAAACGCACAACCACCAGAGCUACAAGAACCUAAUCAACUGAUGCAGCAUGAGCCAUAUGGCUUUGAUCAGAACAUGUGUAUGGGUGAUACUACCAACAGCUGCAACGUUGUAGAUCCUUGUCUCCCAAACAUGCUUCCAGAUGAUUUCUGCUUUGAUUUUCAGGACCCUUAUGGUGGUAAUAUGGUCGGUAACCCUAGUUUCUCUCAAGAUUUUUUUCCAGACAUGACUUCAAGCUAUGUUUAUGAAGCAGACUACUUCAGGAAUCUACUCUACCAUCUCUCUAGCUCUAACAUUCCUAACGACAACUCUGAGAUUUCAAGCAAUUUACCUGAUGAUCACAGAGAGUGA